AUGGUCAAGAUCGCUGUUCAAUCUCUCCUCUUCGGAGUCGUCGCCGCCAUGUACAUGGGUGGUGCCGUUGCCGCUCCUCAACCUCAGUCCAAGGGCGUGCAAGCUUCUGAGUUCUGCACCAAGUUCACUGCUGCUUGCAUUGACGUCUGCCCUAGCAAGAAAAACCUCCGCGUGACUUGCACGAAGAAGUCCCCUCGCAACCGUCAAUUCAACUUCAAGUGCAAGUGUGACGGCAAGAACCGCACCACUCGUGCUCUCAACCGCAUCCCCACUCUCGGUCAGGCCGACCCCUCUUCCUCGUCCUCGUCCUCGUCCUCGACCUCCACUGGAACGUCCACUGGCCUCAUCCCCACGGUCACCAGCGGCGUUGUCCUUCCCACCGGCCAGACCUCCCUGAUUGGCAGCGUCACCAGCAACGUUCCCAACCCCACCUCUGUGAUUGGAGGCGCCACCUCUCAGAUCGGCUCCAUCGUCGAUGGCGCUACCAGCCAGAUCGGCUCGAUCAUCAACGGUGGUGCUUCCACGAUCACUUCGGUCGUCGGUGGUGUGACUUCCACCAUUGUCAGCAUCGGUGCUUCCGCCACCAGCGAGGCUGGCGCCAUCGCUAGCUCUGCCACCGUGAGUAGCGGGUCUGAGAAUCUCGAAGUCGAUCGACGAGCGCCCUGCUAACAUUGCAUUGACCCGUCUACAGAGCGAGAUCGGCGGCAUUGUCAGCUCUGCCACCUCGAUCCUCGGAAACGAUGUUGCGCCCACCGCCACUAGCGCUCUGGGCGGUGCCGCCUCCUCGGGCGUUGGCAUCAUCGCAUCCCUCACCAGCGAGGUCGGCAGCGUCGCCACUGGCGUGACAGGUGGCACUCUUCUCGGCAAGCGCGCUGCUGAGGUUGAGCUCAUCGCCGAGGUCCCCAAGAGCCUGUCUCACCGCGAUGUCGAGAUCGAGAAGCGCCAAUCCGUCAAGACUUUCUGCCAGCAAUACCGCGACGGAUGCGCUCGUCAGUGCGCUCGUGUCAGCUCGGUGCCUCAGAAGCAGACCUGCAAGAGAAUCGUCCGCGGCAAGAAGAGCGACAAGUACUCCCUGUACUGCUCUUGCGCCAACGGCAAGCUCGAGACCCAGCACGCCCUGAACGACAUUGACGGCAAGGGAGCCAAGGCCACAGUUGUUUCCACCUCCACCGUCGGUGCUACCUCGACUGCCACCAGCGCUUCCAGCAGCAGCACUGGCAGCCUCGUGCUGCCAACCUCUGUGCUGCCCACCAUCGUCUAA